AUGUCUGCAGCAUUGCAGGAACUUCGGGACUCCGACUACCAGCUGUCAACAAUAGGGCUGAAGGCCAGGUGGUAUGGGUUUGAUGACGACAUCUUGAACGUGACCUACAAGGCGGGGAUCGGCACUACGCCCGGGGUGGUUGACGUCAGAGGCUAUGAGGACACCGGGUACUCCACACAGCAUCAGUUCCGGAAUCUACUGCUGAACACCACCCAGAAAUAUUACACCACAGUAGUGGCCAAGUCGCCAGCUGGGGAGGUGACCCUAUCAUCUGACGGUGUGAACAUUAUUGUCAACAAUGCUGACAUCUCUGAGAUGAAGAUAUAUGACGGCCUGGGAUGUAAUUCAUUUCAAGGAACACAGGACUGGACUCCUACACAUCACAACACGUCUGUCGUGUCUGAUUGUCACGAGGACCAGCAGUAUCAGCUGUCAACCACCAUGUUCGCCGCCCACUGGAACGUCACACAGCAAUACACACACCAGUACCCGGAUGUCAAGUGGAAGCUGGAAAAGAAGUUCGCAUUAUCAGACGACCUGUGGCAUACAGAGAAGGAUUGGGAGUACACGGGACACCGCCACCACGUUCUGUCCACGGGCCUGAAUCUUCAGUCGGGGUACACGUUCAGGGCGGCUGUGAAGCUGUGUGCCGUAGAUGUCUGCACUGAAGCCGUCUACAGUGACGGAGUUACAGUUCUACACCAUCCACCUGUUAGCGGCAACAUCAACGUUAACUACGCCGAGACCGACCCAGGCUCCGAGCUUGAGGUGACCAUGACCAGAUUUGCUGACCCUGACAUACCAGUGAAACAUGAAGCAUACAGCGUUGUGGACAGAUAUGAGUGGAGUUUAGCAAACGGUGACCACGACAGCAGACUUCUGACAACGUGGCAGCCAGUGUCAGACAGCACAACCAGUGGAGAUGUGAUGACAUUCCACGUGCAUCUGCCCAAACACCUGGACUUCAGCAAGUGCCGACGUCUUGCUGUUCGAGGCUACAACAAGGUGGGGCUCUCCACCACCGUAUCCGCCGACGUGAGAGACUGUGCUGCAUACGACCCUGCUGUCGUAGUCCCUACGAUUGUUAUCGAUGUUGUUGGCGCCAGACAGGUUGAUGAUGUCGGGUACCCCAUCUCUCUGGACCAGAAUGACGGGUGGGACACCGCUGAUGCUGACUACAGCCCCUACAGGAACAUCCUGUCUGCUGUGUGGCCCACACUCCGUCACAGGAACUACACGUGGGCAGUGCUGUCAGGUGACCAGCUGGACCCCUCAUCUCACUACAAGAAGGACAGUCUGAUGACCUUCACUGACCCCUGUAGCAUGCCGGAUGUCAUCAAGUGCGGCCACACAGACAAGGAAUUUCUGAACGUGGUCGAGGCAGAACGCUGGCUUGUUCACGGGAGGAGGUACUAUGUGUGUGUUCAUGCCGGGGCGAGAGUCGUGGAGUACGAGAAGUGGACAGAGGACUUACCAGAGGUCAGCUCGUGUAGUGACGGGGUCACGGUGGACAUGACGCCACCUAGCGGAGGAAGGGUAUUUCUUGGGGGCCUCACCAGACCCACGUUCCAGACCAGCACCAGUGAGAUCGAGGUUUACUGGGACGGCUUCAUUGACGUGGAAGAGGAAGGGUCUUCUCCACACCCCAGUGGGAUAGCAUAUUAUGAAGUUGCUCUAGGUUCUGAUCCUGGAGGGGAGGAUGUGGCGACAGCACGGAGACAGGGUUUGGUCAACCACGUCAUCCUGAACGGCCUCCAGCUGCACGACGGGCACACCAUCUACGCGUCAGUGACAGCCACCGACUUUGUGAACAAGACCAAGACCGUCAUAUCGUCGGGGAUGUUGAUUGAUUCCACGCCGCCGGUGACGUCGGGGAGGUCAAUACAUUUCUCUGGACAAUACUUGACGACGUCUGUGAUAGAUGUGUGCUGGGAGGGAGCUCUGUCUGACCCGGAGAGUGGCAUUACUAGCUAUGACGUUGGUGUGGGGUCGAGACCUGCCUAUGAUGACGUGGUCAAGUACACAUCUACAACGGACCAGUGUAUGGCUAUCGACGGCGGGGCACCUCUAAUAGACGGACAUGUCUACUUUGUUUCAGUGAAGGGAUACAACAAAGUAGGUCUGCACAGUUUGAUAACAUCACGACCUGUGACGGCGGACACCACGCCGCCCUCUAGCGGCCACGUGUAUGAUGGACAAGGCAGCAUCGUAAGUGGCCAGAUCAAGGAUGCAGACUUUGUCACCGUGAUAUCGGAGAUGGGAUCCUACUGGGAGGGGUUUUCUGACCCCCACUCUUCCAUUAGUCACUAUGUCCUCCAGGUGGGAACGUGUCGGGGAUGUGACGACACGCUCGCUCAGUCACACGUGGGAGCAAGAACAGAUGUGCGGUUCUAUGACGUUUCCUUCAAGUACGGCAUGACGUAUUACGUGACGGUGACCGCGUGCAACAUGGCGGGUAUGUGCACCAUGGCGACAAGUGAUGGCGUCAUCUUAGAUGUGACAGCUCCACGAACAGGGAACAUCAUAGACGGAACCCGAGAUGAAGAUGUCCAAUAUCAGGCUUCCAGGACAUUCCUUGGAUGUAAGUGGCGGGGCUUCCAGGACCCUGAGUCUGGGUUGGACCACUAUGAAUGGCGCGUAGGAACAACACCAGGAGGUGGCGAGAUUCUCGAACCAACGAACGCAGGCCUAGAAGAGGCCAUCUUCCAGACGCUGUCACGUGACCACCAGCUUCCGGUGGCACAGACUCUAUACACGACAGUGCGGGCCUACAAUAAAGCAGGUUUAUACAGUGAAGUCACGUCCAACGGGUUUGUGGUUGACAUCAGUCCACCCGAAGUAGUGGAGACACCAGGGAUCCUGGAUGGAUAUGGAUCCGUUGUGGCUGGGACGUCCAUCAGUAGGACGACUUUGAGGAUAGGCUGGAAGUUCAAGGACGAAGAGUCUUACAUCAAGAGACAGUACCUGUCCAUCUCAUCUCACCAACUGGGGGGAGUUCCAGUCACAUCUUAUGAAGGUGACUGUCAGUUGUCACAUAGGCUUCCAGGACUUCUGGAAGAAUACACGUUGUCCCAGCUGGACCUCCACGACGGAAGCAGCUACACGGUGAAGCUCGUCGCCUGCAAUAUGGCGGGCUUAUGUCACUCCACAGAUACUGGUGCCAUAUUGGUAGACAGCUCGAAACCCGUGACAGGUGCGCUAGCCGUGCACACCGACCAUGCAGCGGGGUUGUCACGACACCAGUCGGGCUGGAUGACAUGGAACGAGACUCAUCUGAACCUCGCCUGGCUUGGCUUCUCUGAUCUACAUUCUGGAAUAACUCACUACAUCAUGACAGUGGGGUCUGCUGAGUUCGGAACCGACCUUACUGAGGGAAACACGUCCGUCCUUGUACAACACAAUGUGUCUGGCAUUGAGCACGAUGACGAAGGCAGAGUUCAGACUGGUGUUGUCCACACGAAGGACCUCUCUUCCACCCGGUCUGUGUUUGUGGCAAUCUGGGCUGUCAACGGGGUCGGCCUUCAGAGCGAUGCGCUUCACCUGGAACUGGAACUAGGCGCCGGGGGUGAGCUGGAGCUGGUGAGACGGUGUCAGUCGUACAACUGUGAGGGGCACUGUGUCUGUGCCGUGCAGGACGGGGCGUGCCAGCACACACCCGGAUGUACACAGCUACAGGAUGGUGGGUCAAACGACGUUCUUGGUGUGACCGAUGUCACUGACCUCCGCUUCACGGCAUCCCAAGACAUUGACCACUCGCCAUCAGACACCUUCAUGGCUGCCCGUUGGACGGUAUUGAAACAACAAGGGCUGCCUUUUACACAGUACGAGGCCAGUCUCGGGAGACAGCGACAACGACUACCCCACGGGGGUGUUUGA